ACUAAGCCCCUCACCCGCCAUCUCGGCGAUAAAACGGUAGAUGGCAGAGGUACAGAGGCGGUCUUUUGCGGUCGCAUUUUAAAAUUCUAAUAAUCCAUUAUUAACGCGGAAGCGCAGAAGAGUUAAUUAGUACAUUUGUGACUGUGUGUGUUGUGGUAACGAAGACAUUAAUCAAUUAAGAGAUGAUAAUUAAAGCAACCCGCAUUAUACGAGAGUAAAACCCGCUUCGUUCUAUUAAUUGCUGGAACAAAUACAAAUAUAAAAAAAUCAUUGAACUUAAAGUUCAUAGAGUCAACCACUAUCGAUACUUAUCUAACUGCUAUAAUUCGGAUGAUGUGCGUGCGGGGUGGUAUUUUCUUCGUACUGCUUGUGUGCGUCUUUCAGGCCGAUGGAGCGCCCCGGUCCGUGACCAAUGAAGACAUUCGAGAUGCCAUCCUAUCAAUGGUCAACGUAAUCCGUUCCACGGAAGAUAAGCUAGAACGACACGAAUUUCGAGAAAAAACUCUGGGAGAUCAGUUCAAAAGAGUCCUGUCAAAUAUUGACAAACGUCAAAAACAAUUAGAUUCGGUGAGAGGAACGAUAGGUAGACUCGAUCAGAGGUUGGCCACCGUCGAGACCAUUCUCCUGCAGAAAGAUGAAAGAGAGCGGAUUCAAGUCCAGAAAGUUUUUGACAUGGUGGAGCAGAUCCAUCGAAGUCUACCGCAGCUGUUCGAAACGUUAAAGAAUGACAUAACGUCUUCGUUUUCGAGCACCGAAGAAAAACCUCAGGACGCGCCCCAUAAUGCAGAACUCGAAAAGCUCCAAAAAGAAAUCGCGACAAAAAUCGACCACACCUCGAGCACGGUUAAAAACAUCGAAGGGCAACUGUCCCAGAUACGAGAGGAGAACAAAAACAACUUCAGCGGGACCCACAAGUUCAUGGAACAGUAUGAUACCAAGCUGGACGAGUACAACAAGCACAUUGACGUUCUACCCACGAGAUGCAAACAGGAGACCGACACUCAGACGGACGUCAUCCUCAAGGCGUUACAAAACCAAGAGCUGCACAUAAAAAAAAUGCAGGCGGAAAUCAGCGGCGCGAACGCCACAAUUAAGGAGCUUCAGCAUAAAAUCGUCACGAUUCAUGACAACCUGGAGAGCGGCCAGAAGGACGUAAAGGACAACCUCAAGGAGCUCAUGAACGACAGCAAGCAGAAUUACAAGAGCUACGGUAGCCAGUUGGGCGCGUACAAAGAGAAAAUUGACGCUAUACCGGGGACGUACAAAAAUGAGACUGAAGCGCAAACGAAGGAACUGCUGAAGGGUAGGAGUUUUGCAUGUUUUUUUUUGCGUGGGGUUAGUUUUGAAUUCGCAACCGAAAAUAUAUUAACUUAUGAAAAGUUUGUUAGUAUAAUAGGGGACGAUAAGCUAAAAAUAAUAUCAGCUCUAGAUGAUACGGCGUCCCAUGAAGAUAUGUUGCUUCAUAAAAUACUUAGAGAAUUUGUUGCCCAACCAGAUCAAGUAGAUACUGCAAAUAAAGAAGAGGCCAAAAGUUUAAGCGAAGAUGAAAAAUCGGGAGCAGAAAUAGUCGAAACCAAAUUAGAAUCAAAAUCAUCAACAUUCUCCAAAUUGCUCUAA